AGUGAGGUCAGAUGAGAAUUGUCAGAGUGGACAAGACAGGCAUGCGGGCAACUCGCGCGAGUCUGCCCUUAGUGGCCCUUGUUUUCCUUUUUACACAAACGCAUGCGCAGAAAUACAUACUUUGCAAAUCACAUGGAUCAGAAGAUUGUCAAUUAUACUCAUCGGAUAAAGAUGACAACAUCGUAACAUCACCAUUUCACGUGUGUGGUGCAAUCAGCUCAUUGGGAGUGACGAGAUUGCGUGACCAAUUUCACACGAUCGAACCACUUGGAAUCGUUAAGGAAUAUACAAAAAAUAUAUUUUGCAAAAGAGUUGUUUAUGUCCACUCUGUUAAUCAGCACGAACCAAUUGAUUAUUUUCGUAAUCGGCAUUCGAGAGCUCCAAGACAGGCAACCUUUACUCCCCGAGGAAAAUAUCGAGGCCAAACUCAGUCACAAUACUUGGCUAUAGAUAGAGGAAAUUCAAAAGAUGAGGGCAAGGCGGAGGCCCAUUCUGCAGCAGAUUCUUCAAGGGCAAGUGUUAGUGGUAACAGCGGCAUGGGCCAGGCACAAAGCCAGUCCAUUUAUGAUCCGAGUUGCGAUGAUUGCUACGGCGCACCAAGAAAGGAAGUCGAAAGCUUAAGACAUCAACCGGGAAGAACAACAGAUUACGGUCCGAGCUGGUCUGGUACUGGACCUGAGUAUUCAUCGCGAUAUCCUGGAGGAACUAGGCAUCCAGGCCUAUCACCUGAUACUUCCUUAUAUAACCCUGAUCGAACAGGUUUAAAUAGUCCAAAUGGAUAUGUUGGUAAUAGUUACAGACCAGAUGGAAAAGUUACACCAGUGUCUGACAAUCAACGAACCGGUUAUGGCCCUGGCGGGGAUAGUAAUGGUCCAUCUUAUAAUUAUGGUCCUCGAGGCUCAGGAUCCAGUUAUCCUGGCAGCAAUGGUUAUGGACCAGGAAAAGAUAUCCAAUCAGGUGGAGUCGGUCCAGAUACACCAUAUAGAAAUGGCGAAAUUCCCUCAGACAGAUUUGGAGGACAAACAGACAGGUCUAUUCCAAGUGGCAAUUUUCCUAAAAGUCACACAAACCCAUUAAAUACAGGUAAUAAUUAUGGUUUGCAACAGAAUGGCUACCCGGUUCAGGCCGGUGGUCACAAUGGUAUGCCUAUACACGAUUUAAAUGACCAAAACAAAUAUCCAACUCCAGAUGGCAGGGGCGAACAAAGUUCACGGGGAAAUUACAUACCAAACGUACCAGGUCAAACUGGAAAGAAUAAUAAUAACAUGCAACACUAUCCAAAUAAUUAUAAUCAACCUACUUCCGGUAAUCCCAAUGAUGGUUCGUAUUACAAUCCAAGACCAAGUGGGCCUUACUCUCCAGGACAAAGAGGAGGAGAAAGUUAUGUACCGAGUGGGUCGUCUUUACCACCUGGUCAACUAAAUGCUUUUAAUCCAAAAACAAGCCCUGAUAAUGUACUACCGGGAGCUAACGGCCAAGCACUUGUUCCUCAGCAGACUCCAACAGGUAUAGCUAAUUAUGAUCGGAACAGAUAUCCCCCUGGUUCAUAUGUGUCAGGCGACACCAGGGGGAAUUGGCCCCCUACAGGCCCAUUCCACGGGCCUGAUGGAAAAACUUAUGUUUGUUGUGAAGUACCUGGAGCGACAAAACUACAAAGUGCUUAUGGUCAAAAUAGUGGAGGCAGCCCCAACAAUCUAUUAGCUCCAGGAAUAACUCAGCCUGGAGGAAAUUAUGGAUCUGAAGGACCAGGAGAAGGUCAUAAUGUCCAAAAUGGACCUAGACAAUAUAGUCCAGAACAUGUAAGUGGUUUUAGACCGGGCGGAGAGUACCAAUAUCCAAGUAGUAAAUAUACUCCUCCAGUGAAUCAAUUUGUUCCUGGAAACGCUGGCUACGAUGCAGGUGGAGAGUAUUAUCCAAGGGGUCAAUAUUUACCUGGGAGCGGAUCACAAUCAGGCGUCGUAGGUCCAGGCAGGCAAGACACCUCCAGAAGUAGUCCUGGUACAGGAACCGGUGGACAUUACAUUCCUGGGAGAAAUGGAGAACCAGGAACUGAAAAUCUUGGAAGUCAAUUCUCUCCUGGAAGUAGUCUGGCUACAGGAUCAGGGAAUAAAUAUAUUCCUGGAAGAGAUACAGGUUCCGGAACUGGAGGCCCUGGAGGUCAAUACUCUCCAGGUACUGGUCAAACUACAGGAUCAGGUGGACAAUACAUUCCUGGAAAAGGUAUAGGGUCCGGGACUAGAGGCCCUGGUGAUCAAUAUCCUUCUGGUGCUGGUCCUUCUACAGGAUCAAGCGGACAAUACAUUCCUGGAAGAGACAUGAGUUCCGGGACUGGCGGACCUGGAGGUCAAUAUUCUCAUGGUAUUGGUCCUUCUACAGGAUCAGGUGGAAAAUACAUUCCGGGAAGAGAUAUGGGUUCCGGGAAUGGAGGCCCUAGAGGUCAAUAUUCUCCUGGUACUAGUCCUUCUACGGGAACAGGUGGACAAUAUAUUCCUGAAAGAAAUAUGGGUUCCGGGACUGGAGGUCCUGACGGUCAAUAUUCUCCUGGUACUGGUCCUAGUACAGGAUCUGGUGGACAAUACAUUCCUGGAAGAGAAAUAGGUUCUGGAACUGGAGGCCCUGGAGGUCAAUAUUCUCCUGGUACUGGUCCUUCUACAGGACCAGGAACACAAUACAUUCCUGGACUAAAUAUAGGUUCUGGAACUGGGAGCCCUGGAGGGCAAUAUUCUCCUGGUCCUAUUACAGGAUCAGGUGGACAAUACAUUCCUGGAAGAGAUAUGGGUUCGGGGACUGGAGGCCCUGGAGGUCAAUAUUCUCCUGGUAUUGGUCCUUCUACAGGAUCAGGUGGACAAUAUAUACCUGGAAGAGAUACAGGUUUCGAAACUGGAGGCCCUGGAGGUCAAUAUUCUCCUGGUACUGGUCCUUCUACAGGAUCAGGGGGACACUACAUUCCUGGAAGAGAUAUGGGUUCCGGGACUGGAGGUCCUGGCGGUCAAUAUUCUCCUAGUACUGGUCCUACUACAGGAUCUGGUGGACAAUACAUUCCUGGAAGAGAAAUAGGUUCAGGAAAUGGAGGCCCUGGAGGUCAAUAUUCUCCUGGUACUAGUCCUUCAGGAUCAGGUGGACAAUACAUUCCUGGAAGAGAUAUGGGUUCCGGGACUGGAGGACCUGGAAAUCAAUAUUCCCCUGGUACUGGUCCUUCUACAGGAUCGGGUGGACAAUACAUUCCUGGAAGAGAUACAGGUUCCGAAACUGGAGGCCCUGGAGGUCAAUAUUCUCCUGGUACUGGUCCUUCUACAGGAUCAGGGGGACACUACAUUCCUGGAAGAGAUAUGGGUUCCGGGACUGGAAGUCCUGGCGGUCAAUAUUCUCCUAGUACUGGUCCUACUACAGGAUCUGGUGGACAAUACAUUCCUGGAAGAGAAAUAGGUUCUGGAAUUGGAGGCCCUGGAGGUCAAUAUUCUCCUCACACUGGUCAUUCUACAGGAUCAGGUGGACAAUACAUUCCUGAAAGAAAUAUGGGUUCCGGGACUGGAGGCCCUGGCGGUCAAUAUUCUUCUGGCACUGGUCCUUCUACAGGAUCAGAGGGACAAUACAUUCCUGGAAGAGAUAAGGGUUCGGGGACUGGAGGCCCUGGAGGUCAAUAUUCUCCUGGUACUAGUCCUACUACAGGAUCAGGUGAACGUUAUAUUCCUAGAGGAGGUUCCGGGUCAGAAACCAGUAGCUCAGGAGGCCCGUUUAAUCCUGGUCAAUACGAUCUUGCUAAUGGUGCACCUUCUGGUCGUGAAGGGCAAGGGACUAAUUACAGGCCUGAUUCGGGAACUGGAGGUGGAAGUGGUCAGUAUAAACCUAGUUUGACUGGGUCCGACGUUAGCUUACCUAGUGGACAAUCUCUCCCCGAAAAUAAAUACGGUUAUGGAAACAGUCCUGAUAAAGUAGGAGGAGGACCGAAUAGCCCAUAUGGAAAUCCUGGAUCAAUUGGAAGCGACGCUACUGGGCGGUAUCCAAAUGGCCAGACUGGCACGCAAUAUGAGGUUGGAGGAACAAACCCUACAUACAAUAAUGUACCACAAAAUUAUGUUGAUCCCCAGUCUGUCGCUGAUGAUGACGAUUCAGAAGCAGAAGCAGUUGUAUCUCAAGCAAUCAAUGGAACAACGGCCAGUGCAACUUCAAAGGGAGGAAAUGAUAAAGCGCGUGCUCAAACUCAUGUGCAAGGAACAUAUUCAGGAAGUGGUUCAUUUCAAGCACAAGCACAAAUAGCUGGUGAAAACAAAGAGGCUGAAAGCGAGGUAACUGGAGGCAAGAAAGGAGCGUCAAGUUCAGCAACUGGAAGUGGGCGUAACAAUAAAUCUCAAGCAAGUGUUCAAUUAGGAUCUGAGACAGGAGCUGUACAAACUAAUUCCCAGAGUAGUGGUGCAAUGCAUUCUUCUAACUCACAAGUACAAGGCAGCGUUAAGGGAGGUACAGCUGAUGCUCAAGCGCGUGGUCCUGGCAGCACAUCGUCGCAAGCACAAAUUGGAUUCACCCCAUACAAAGAUAGUGAAAAGUCAAAGCACGAUCUUCAGAAAAUUCCAUUUGUCGGUGGGGGAAUGGCAUCAGCCCAAUCAAGUGGGCGAACUGGUCAGUCACAAUCUCAAUUACAUGGUACCUUUAAAUAUGGUAUAACAUACAAUGGUGCAGCUCAGGCUGGGGCUAGUAUUGAUAAGGAUGCCAUAUUUCCAAAUAGAUUAGCAUUUGAAAAAAUAGAUGUCUUCAAUGAGAAAGAUAAGAAUAUAAACGUUGAUCUCACUGAACCACCACCGGAACUAGAAACUGAAAAAACACCCGAGACAACGCCAGCACUUCCAGAACUAGUAGUGGAAGAACAAAAAGAGGAAGAAGUAACAACAACGGAAAAGAGCUUCGAUGAAACAUUAACAGAUUCAGAAAGUAAAUAUGAUGCUCAUCCCCACGCUGACCAUCAUUCUUAUGAGACCACACCAUCGGAAUCUACUUUAACAGAUAACAGGAGAUCAUUCCACAAUUAUUAUGGCACCGAAUACGAUACGUACACGACAGAUAAAGACGACACUGACGAUUAUGAUCCAGAAAGCGCUUUUAUACCAGACGGAACGGAAGUUGAUCAAGGAGCCGAGUUUCCUAGUUAUGACGAAUACAGAGGAGAUGCCACCCAUCAAUCUCUACAAAGCCCAAGAAAGGGAGUAGAUGUGCAUCAAAGCACGGGUGGUAAUACGCAACACAUUGUUCUGGGAUCUCUUAAAAAGCACGACGCCGAAAUAACGCAGAAAAGUUCGGAAAGGCCAGACGAAAAAAGAAUAUACCAGCCUGGGGAGCGUGUGCCGGGCACAGGAGGAUAUACUAUACCCAUCGGCUUUACAGGAAGUGUGAAAUCAGUUGCUUCAAAAGACAAGACGUACGUAGUCGGGUCUAGGGAUUCUCCAUCUCAAGCACAGACCGUCACUCUUACUCCUGGCACGGGAAAAGUAAGGUAUACCUAUCCUUCGAGUUACGGUAAAUACGUCCAUCCAACGAACUUACGUUCACUCAAUAGUAAACGUGAUGACGACCGGUACGUUUCCAUGUCUAAAUCGGUGACCCGAGAUUUGGACAAUGACAAUAAUAUAAGAAAACAAUAUUCUCACACUUACUACACAAAGUCGUCCUCCUGUGGCUACUUCACUUUCACGUGUACAAUGGUAAGUAGCGCCGAAGGAAAGAAGAAAGUAUGUAAACCGAAAAUACCAACCAAUCCCGAUGGUACGCCAAUAAGGUGCUAAUGUGAAAAAUACUGAUACUGUAGUUUUAUACACUCAAUGCUACUUAAUAUUGUAUUUUUAAUUACAGACUUUGGGGAGGUCCUUAGUAUUUUAAUUAUUUGUGAAUAGAUUCAAUUACUGUAAAAUAUACUUAGGCAAUUGAGGAAUGUAAAUAGUGUAAUUAAGUGAAGAUUAAAAAUAUACUAUAUAA